CUCUUUUUUUAAAAACUAUCGUUUAAUAUCCACCCUUUCCAUUCCUUUUCUUUUCCUACAUAAAAAAAGAAGGCAAACAGAGAGUAGGUGAUAGAAUGUCAAUUCGAAACAGCCAACAAACACUCCUUUCAGCUGCUUUGAUCUUUAUAUCAUGUGUUUUUGCGGCGUCAAAUUGUAAUCCAUCUAAUUGUUCAGCAAGUUGUACACCCAGUUGUUCAGCCAAUGAAGUUUGUACCAUGAGCACCAUGACAACGUGCGGUGUUUGUCCUGAUUCAAAAUGUGUAUCGAGGGCAGCACUUGGGCUCCCAACUGUCGAUGCUUCCAGCGGUUCCUCUUCCAAUGCUGGUUUAAUUGGCGGUGUUGUAGGUGGCCUUGUAGGUGGUGGAUUUGUAAUUGGCGUACUUGUGUUCUUCUUUGUACGCCGUCGCAACAAAAAGAAACUUGCCCUACCACUCGCUUUUCGUAAUCCUAAUCUUAGCAAAGGAACACUUGAAAUGCAAGAAAACAGCAGACAGAUUACUUCAGGUGUUAUUCCUGUUACAUUUAUACCACCUUCGACCCAUAGUGUACGAGAAUCAUCUGAAGGAUCUGAAGCAGCUCGCUCUCGUUAUAACAGUUUUGCUACGUUUAAUAACGACCUUGAAGAUCCAUUCAGUGAUCGUCCUGUCUCCAAUGCACCAAGUGUUAUGACCACCAACACAGGCUAUUAUAGUCGACGUGGUUCUUCUGAAUCACAAAUUGUGGGACAACAAAAAGCUACUGUAAUUCAAGCAACACAAGCAUUACGCGCAAGACCUACCAUCAUGCGAGUUAAGACUGUUAGACAAGCAGAUGGCUUAACACGAAGUGGUUCUCUCAAGACAAUCAAACCAGAAAAACCUGCAAAUGUAACACCAUCACCUCCUGAAAAAAAUUCAGACGAAUCUGAAAACCCCUUUGACGACAAAAACAAAGCAUCACCUAUUUCGCCGUCAACAGAAAGUAUAGCUAGAAAUAACAAAAUGGAUAGUGUUAUGUCAGCACCAGGCGAUGGUGAAAUCACCAUUUUUUGGAAUGGCAGUUAAAUUAUGUACU